UUGUCUCUUGUAUAUUUUUUUUUCUCUAUCUCUGCUUUUGGUUUAUUUUUUUUUCUUUAUCUCUCUCAGUCUCUUCUUGAGGUUUCUCUGUCUCUUUCUUUCAUGUUUUCUCUAUCUCUUUCUUUCUUUCGUUUAUUUUUUUUCUCUAUCUAUUUCGGUCUUUCGUUUACUUGUUCUCUAUCUCUCUCUGUUUUUGUUUACUUUUUCUCUAUCACUUUCUUUUGUUUAGUUCAAACCCUGUCUCUUAUUUAUUUCACUAUUACUUUCUGUUUUAUUUUUUCUCUGUCACUUUCUUUUUUUCUAUUUCUUUAUUAUUCUCGUCUUCUUUUGUUCAUUUAUAUCCGUCUCUUGUAUUUCUUUCUUUCUUUUGUUUAUUUUUUUCUAUUUUCUUCAUUCUGUUGGCCAUUUUUAUUCUUUAUCUCUUUCUUUCAUCUCUAUAUUUUUGCUAUAAUUUUCUGUUCGUUCUUUCUUUUCUUCGUAGUAUUCUUCACCUUGGCAUUUUGCCUCUUAGUUCUUUUCUUUUUUUUUAUUGCAGGCCAUCUUUUGUCACUUCCAUCAUUUUUAUAUUUCAACUUUACCAUUUCUUUCUUUCUUUCUUUCUUUCUUUCUUUCUUUUUCCCUUUCUCUUUCUUUCUUUCUUUCUUUCGUUCGUUCGUUCGUUUUUUUUUUUUUUUACCUUUCCUCUUUCGUUCUUUCCCUUUUCUUUUUAUAUUUGUUUUCUUUUCUCUGUACUCUUAUUUUUUCAACCUCUUUAUUCACUCUAUUUAUUUAUUUACUUUACUCGUUUAUUCAUUCAGUCAUUCCUUCAUCCUUUAUUCAUUUUCUUUUUACUUUUUAGCUUUAGUUUAUUCGCAUUCAUUUUUUUAUUUUUUUAUUUAUUUUUCUUUCUUUCUUUCUUUCUUUCUUUACAAUGUUUUGUUUUGUUUUAGUUCUUUCUUUUCUAUCUUUCUACUUUCUUUCUUUUUUAUUUUACGGUAUCUUCUGUGUCAUUCAUUUCUUUGUCAUUUUCUUUAUUUCGUUUUUUCUUACUUUCCCAACAUUUUCUAUGCCUUUAUAUUUCCCGGUGUUUCCGGCUUUUACUCGUUCGUCCUCUUCGAUUUCUUUCUUUUUUUCUUUUUUUUUUUUCUCUUUCUUUUUUUCGUUUAUUAUCUUCUUUCAACGAUUUCACAUUGA